GACUUAGUGAUUACCUGGUCUGUACUCCCACUCUAACCUUCCUGUACUCAACCGUCCACUCACCACCCCCUUCCAUUGCCACCUGUCUCCCCUCAUCCCCGUCAACCUUCAUCCUCUCCUCCCCUUCCCUGCACCCUCCAUCCUCAACCCAACCCCCGCCCACUUCCCUACCCCGCCUGCUCCGCCAUGCAGUGUUGUCGCCGGCGCACGGAGCUACCGCUGGUUGUCGGGCAGCAGCGGUGAGGAAGGAAGUGAAGGCGAGUCGCUGCAGUCGCUGAGCCGGCCGUGAGUCCGACGGCACCAUGGGAGACACUAUUGAGGACAAGCUGAAGAACUAUAAGACUGCUCCUUUUGAUGCCAGGUUUCCUAAUCAAAACCAAACCAGGAACUGCUUCCAAAAUUAUGUUGAUUUCCAUCGUUGUACCAAAGCAUUGACUGCAAAAGGUGUUGAUACUUCUCCCUGUGAAUGGUAUCAAAGGGUGUUCAAGUCAAUCUGCCCCAUUUCAUGGAUAAAGAAAUGGGAUGAUCAGUUGGAGCAAGGCACAUUUCCUGGAAAAAUCUAAGCAAUUAUUGCAACCAUAUUAAAACAAUUACUGUGGUUUUAAAACUUGCAUCUUAUACCAAAAUAAAUUCUGCAAGUUGAACUUAA